GGGCCCUUCGGAACUCUGAGGAAGAUCAGGUGGUUGGGACACUGCUCUGUCAGCUGAGUGACAGUCACGGGAUCGCGACCAAGUCCCAUUUCCUGGAGGAAAGCAAAUGAUGGACCUAGGACUCCCAGCAUUACAGGAUAUGGAGAAGGAACGAGAGACACUGCAGGUCUGGAAAAAACGUGUGGGAAAAGAGCUUGAUAGUGUGAUCGCUUUCUGGAUGGAGCAUUCCCAUGACCAGGAACACGGGGGCUUCUUUACAUGCCUUGGCCGUGAUGGGAAGGUAUAUGAUCACCUCAAAUAUGUCUGGCUGCAGGGGAGGCAGGUAUGGAUGUAUUGUCGCUUAUACCGCAGUUUUGAGCGCUUCCACCGUGUUGAGCUUCUGGAUGCAGCAAAAGCCGGUGGUGAAUUUUUGCUGCGUUAUGCCCGGGUGGCACCACCUGGCAAGAAAUGUGCUUUUGUGCUGACUCUGGAUGGCCGUCCAGUGAAGGUGCAGCGGACCAUUUUCAGCGAGUGCUUCUACACCAUGGCCAUGAAUGAACUGUGGAAAGUAACAGGGGAAAUGCAUUAUCAGAAUGAAGCUGUGGAGAUGAUGGAUCAGAUCAUCCACUGGGUACGGGAGGACCCAGCUGGAUUGGGCCGGCCUCAGCUCUCAGGGACAUUGGCCACAGAGCCCAUGGCAGUGCCCAUGAUGCUGCUCAGUCUGGUGGAGCAGCUUGGAGAAGACAACGAGGAGCUGACCAACAAGUAUGCGGAACUAGGGGACUGGUGUGCACACAGGAUUCUUCAGCAUGUCCAGAGGGAUGGACAAGUUGUAUUGGAGAAUGUAUCAGAGGAUGGCCAAGAGCUCCCUGGUUGCCUUGGAAGACAUCAGAACCCAGGCCACACACUGGAAGCUGGCUGGUUUAUGCUCCAGUAUGCCCGCAGGAAAGGUGACCACAAACUUCGAAUGCACAUUAUUGACAAGUUUCUCUUGUUGCCUUUCCACUCUGGAUGGGACCCUGAGCAUGGAGGCCUCUUCUACUUCCAGGAUGCUGAUGAUCUCUGCCCUACCCAGCUGGAAUGGAACAUGAAACUGUGGUGGCCACACAGUGAAGCUAUGAUUGCCUUCCUCAUGGGUUACAGUGACAGUGGGGAUCCAACCUUGCUGGACCUCUUCUACCAGGUGGCUGAGUACACCUUCCGCCAGUUUCGUGAUCCUGAGUAUGGGGAAUGGUUUGGCUACCUGAACCAAGAAGGAAAGGUGACCCUCACCAUCAAGGGAGGUCCUUUUAAAGGCUGCUUCCAUGUGCCGCGGUGCCUGGCCAUGUGCGAGCAGAUUCUGGGAGCCCUACUCCAACGCCUUGGACCCGCCCCCCUCAGCUCCUCGCCCGCUGUCCCCACCCACGAAGGCUCGAAAUAAAGCUGACCUUGUUCCACA